AUGAAUUUCUCUAGCUUAGAGAGGGUGAUGCAGAAUUUAGAGAGACUGAUUAAGGAGUUAGAGAGACUGACUAAGGAGUCGGAGAGUUUUGUUAAUCCGUUACGAAGAGCGAGUAAACAGUUACGUGCACUUAUUAACAAGCAGAAAAUGGAUUUGUCUUUCUUAGAGAGACUAGCUAAGCAGUUUGACAGAGUAGUUAAACAGUUUGAGAGACUCCCUAAGCAGUUUGGGAGACUGUUUAAACAGUUUGAGAGACUGGCUAAGCAGUUUGGAAGACUGGUUAAACAGUUUGAGAGUCUGGCUACGCAAUUUGAUAGAGUGUUUAAACAGUUUGAGAGACUCGCUAAGCAGUUUGAAAGACCGGUUAAACGGUUUGAGAGACUCGUUAAGAGGUUUGAGAGACUAUUUAAACAGUUAGAGGGAGGAAGGAUUAAUCACUAUAGCAGGUCCCAGAAGAUACUGUUAGUGGGAGAGGGGGACUUUUCUUUUGCUCUUUGCUUGGCCAGAGCUUUCGGCUCUGCUGACAACAUGGUUGCUACUUCUCUCGACUCCAAAGGGUCCUUAAUGACGAACUACUCAAAAGCUAUGACCAACUUGCUGGAAUUAGAAGGCAGGGAAUGCAAGAUAUUUCAUAAAGUCGAUGCCCGUGUCAUGCGUUAUCAUCCUUACCUUCUCUUCAUGAGGUUUGAUCGCAUAAUCUAUAAUUUUCCACACGCGGGCUACAUGAAUGGUUCCUCUUCUUCUGAGCGUAACGCAACUCAAAUUUGGUUCCAUAAGAAUUUGGUCAGGAGGUUCUUCAUUAGUGCACGUGAAAUGCUGACUACAGAUGGAGAAAUUCAUGUGACGCACAAGACAACAUAUCCUUUUAGUGAGUGGAAAUUAGUGAAAAUAGCAGAAGAUGUUGGGUUGUAUCUGGUUGGUGAAGAAAGGUUCUCACUAUUUGAUUAUCCCGGCUAUGAAAAUAAGAGAGGAGCUGGGAUCUGUGAUCAAACUUUUCCGGUGGGAAUGUCUAGCACCUUCAGAUUCGCCAAGAACUACUUGUACUGUUAA